AUGACUUCCGAAAUCGCUGCGUUGAUACUCUCGUACCUCACACUAUUCAAUUCCCGCGUGCAACAACUAAUACUCGGAGCCGGCGCUACCACCACCGCCGGUCUCAAAAAUAUAACCACCAAACAUCUUGCCCUCGCCGCUCAAGCCACCUCCUUCAUAUCCGUUCUCAUCCCAUACAUUCGCGAAUACGUUCGUCGUAAUGCCGGCACUGGAUCCUCUGUCUCCGUUCUCAUGGGCGAGUUUGACAAGAUCCGCCGUGCAUAUCUCGAACAUCAGCAACUGAUUUACGAUAAAUUCCUCAAUAUUAUGGCCGGAAGAGCAACUGCUCAUGUUAAAAGCAUGAAAAUGAUUAAUUGGGAGGAUGAACCAGGAGCCUCUUCUAUCAAUGCGUAUAUGGAAACGAUGACGAAGGAGACGCUUACGUUACAUAAAGUUCUCAACAAGCACCUCCCAGAUAUGACUGUGAACAUGAUCAUGCAGCUGGUAUUUAAAAGCUUCAGAGAGCAAUUGGGGAAGGCUUUCGGGGAUGUCGUGCUGGGAAGUGAGGAUGCUAAAGCACGAAUGCUUCGCGAUGCAGAAUACUUUAAGACCCGUGUAGGUGGUCUCGAUGGUGCAAAUGACGCAGGCGAUUACAUCAUCAAAGUCGUACAGGAUAAGAACGUCCCGAGGGCCACGCCUCCCGCGACCACCCCACCACCAGCAGAAGGAACACAAUCGGCUUUAGAAAAUGGGAAUGGGAACGGAAACAACGACAACGGAAAUGGAAGUGGACCAGCUAACAGCUAA